UAUAAAUAAAUUUUUCAAAUUUAAGCCCAACUUUAUUUGAUUUCAUUUGAUUAAAAAUUUAAAAUGUAUAAUACACUCAUACGGCAUUUAAAUUUUUUUAACAAAACUGGUAGAUGUCUUAGGUACUUCUCUUGUCGAAUCGAAAACGUAAAAGACUUGCAGGAAACUGAUAAUAAAAUUAAAAUAAAACACAUAAGUUUAGAUAAAGUAGGAAGUAACUUAACCGUAAAGGGGUGGGUACAAAAUAUUCGCAAAAUGAAAAAAGAUAUAUUUUUUGAUAUUGAUGACGGUUCAACAUGUAAAAAGUUUCAAGUCAUUAUUCCCAAGUCGGAAAAGAAACUACAUGUUGGCCAAUCUAUAGAAGCGCAGGGGUUACUGCAGAUAAAUCCCAAAAAUGAACUGGAAUUAAAAGCAUCAAGUGUAAAAAUUUUAGGAAAUUGCAAUAUUUCGGACGGGGUUUAUCCAUUUACCCCAAAACAAGUUCCUGAUCCUGAGUACGUAAGAAGUUACCUUCAUAUACGGACUCACGUUAAUUUUAUGAGAUCAGUAUUUCGGAUUCGUCAUCAUUUUAUCAAAAUAAUUCAUGAUUUCAUGUAUGAAAAUGAUUUUAUUCAAAUCAGUACACCGAUUUUAACAACAAAUGAUUGUGAGGGAGGUGGAGAAAUUUUUUUAGUUAAACCAAAUUGUCGUACUUUAUUAGAAAAUAUGAAAAAACAAGGAAUACCAAUUGAAGAAAGCUAUUUUGACAAAAAAACUUUUCUAUCAGUUUCUGGUCAACUUCAUUUGGAGGCUAUGUGUCAUGGUCUAGGAGAUACUUACACUUUAACGCCAGCUUUUAGAGCAGAAAAUUCAAAAUCACCGCUUCACUUAUCUGAAUUUUAUAUGUUUGAAGCAGAAUUGGCAUUUUGCGAUCAUAUUGAGAUCUUAACUAAUUUUAUUGAAAAAAUGAUAAAAACUGUUACAGAAAGACUUACUAGUAUAUGUGAAGAAGAUAUUCUAAAUUGCAGGUCAGCUCUUGGUUUGAACAAUAUCAAUGAGCAAUUAAAAUAUUUAGAACAAGAUUUUAAAAUUAUGGAUUAUAGCGAAACUUUGAGAAUUUUGGCAGAGAACAGGGAAAAAUUCAAAACAGAAUUAGACCCAGAAGGAGGUUUGUCCAAAGAACAAGAAUUAUUGCUAGUCGAGCUUAUGCAGAGUCCCAUAUUUAUUAUUAAUUGGCCCAAAACAAUGAAACCCUUUUACAUGAGAAUUGUAGACAAUGAUCCCUUCAAGGUAUCUGGUGUGGAUCUUUUAAUGCCAAAAGUAGGUGAGUUGGUUGGAGGAAGCUUAAGAGAAAAUGAUUAUGAAACCUUAAAAGAGCGCCUGCCUGUUGGCUUAGAAUGGUAUUUGGAAUUAAGAAAAUAUGGAAGCAUUCCAACAGGAGGAUUCGGCUUGGGUCUCGAACGAUUUUUACAACUUAUAACUGGAAUAAAAAAUAUUCGCGAUGUUAUUAAUUUUCCAAGAUAUCCCCAUAGUUGUAAAAUGUAAAUUGUACUUUAAAGUUGAGUGAAAAUAAUUUAAUUUUAAAGUAAUGUUUAGCACUAAGUUCAAUUAGAUAUUGAAAUAAAAAUGUAAAGUAAAACUAGCUAUUGUGUAGUAACUUCCUGUAUAAUAGCAUAAAAUAUGCAAAAAUUUCUCGCCAAUCCUGAUGUUCUGAAAAGGGUUUUACUAUACAAAAUUUCUUUUACCGUUAUUUUUUGCACCAUUACAAAUCUACAGGAAAUGAGUUGUUUACUUUUUUAGAUUUUUCGUACCUUCAUUUCUUAAAUUUUUCUACGUGAUUUUUUUCAAAAUUUAAAUUUUCGAGAAUUCCCUUAUUGCUCACAGUAUUGCCCUUAUUUUGGAUAGUUUUAAGAAAGACGAAUUCUCUUUUCUACGCACUCACAUCCUUGAUCGCAUUUCCAACUGCUAAAAAAAUGUUCAAGUUAAUGUUCUUAAAAAAAGAAUUGAUUAUAUUUAUCAAUAAAGGACAUAAAAUCACUUUAUUGUCUAAAAAUUACCCAGUAAAUACUGAGAUAUUGAAUUAAAUCAUUGUAACAAAUGAUUUGCACAAAAAAGAGAAUCUGCACACGUAAAGUAGCUCUUUCUAGUAAAAGUCAAUAUCCUCUACCAUAUUUUAAAUAGAAAUAUCGUAGAGGAUAUUGAUGAUAAAUAUGAAAUAGUUAAAACGUGUAAUACAAUUAAUUGUUUACAAAUUAGUUACUUAAGUUAUAUUUGAUGGUUCAUUUAAAAUUUUCUCUCAA